AUGACUUUUUUUGAAAAUUUAUGGACAUGUAAUAAUGAGACAUUAGUCAGUACUGAUUGCGAUGAGAUACAACAGCUUCAAACAGCAACUAGAGCGUCGCUUCCCAGGGAAACUCGAAAUCGAACGCCUCAGUCAACCGGCUGGUUUGAAGUUCAAGUAAUAGGUGGACCACUCUUACAUUCAAAAAAAAACGGUGACGGAUUCGUGGACAGCAAAAAGUUGGAACGUAUCUGUAACGCCAUCAGGGACCUGUUGUAA